CAAACCCGUACCGAAGGAGAUCAUUAUUACGGCCUGGGAGAAAAAACCGGAAAAAUUGAUUUGAGUGGACGUCGUUUCAGGCUGGAACGCAUGGAUUGUAUGGGCUACGAUGCACGAACCCAGGACCCUCUAUAUAAGUUCUGUCCAUUCUAUAUCACACUUGGAGCACAGUCCAAUGCUGCCCAUGGAAUAUACUAUAACAACUUUUCGGACACUACUAUUGAUCUUGGGCAAGAAAUAGAUGCUAUGUGGGGACCAUACAGCUAUUACCAAGCUGCAUCAGGACCGUUAGACUACUAUCGUGUGUACGGUCCAACCGUAUCAAAGGUGGUAAAGAGUUACGGAGGAUUAAUGGGACGCCCUCGUCACCUACCACCUCGGUAUGCAUUCGGCUAUCUUGCAUCGUCAAUGGGAUAUGCCGAAGCUGAAAAUGCUCAAGAGCAACUAGAGGCUUUUGCUGACCUGUGCAAAGAACACUCCAUUCCAUGCGAUGGCAUGCAUCUGUCAUCUGGCUACACAGUCAAUGCAAAUGGUGAUCGGUGCGUAUUUACCUGGAAUCCUACGCGUUUCCCAGAUCCUAAACGCUUGGCUGCUCAUCUCAAAUCUGCCGGCAUUCGGAUAUUUGCCAAUGUAAAACCAUGGCUGCUCAAAAGUCAUCCAGACUAUACCUUACUGAAGGUAUCUCACGGACUGGUAUGGAAUUCUGAUGUGAAUGACCCCGCGACACUUUGGCAAUGGAGCGCAGGAAAGCAUACUGCAGGCGAGGCAAGCUAUAUUGAUUUCACGAGUCUGGUUGGCUAUCGGUACUGGCAAGAACGAUUGAAGACCCGGCUGUUAGAUCUAGGAUAUGAAUUAUGGCUAGACAACAACGAGUUUACUUUACUCGAUGAUUCAAACACAUAUGCGUGCGAAAUGCACCCUACUGUUUAUCAACCACAUGGGCUCAGUCUUCCUGCAAUGUCACCUAGGGAUAGCAGUGCACGUCAAGUUGGAACACCAUAUCAGACACUGAUGAUGAUGCAAGCAUCAUACGAGGCUGUUCGUAAGCACGCCCCUAUUGACAGACCAUUCAUAAUUACCCGAUCUGCAACUCCAUUCAGCCACCAGUUGAUGUCACAGACCUGGAGUGGUGAUAAUACCACAGACUGGAGCACAAUUGAGUAUAAUAUUCCCAUGGGUUUAGGGGCUGGUCUCAGCAUCAUGCCUGGAGGAUACGGUCAUGAUGUAGGUGGAUUCGCAGGCCCACGACCUAGUCCAGAAAUGUUUGUACGAUGGGUGCAACAGGCUAUAUUCUGGCCAAGGUUUUGCAUUCAUUCUUGGAAUACAGACGGUACAAUAACCGAGCCAUGGAUGUAUCCAGAGGUGCUUCCAUUGAUCCGUGCCUCAAUCGAAUUACGCUACAGACUGAUUCCAUAUCUGUACUCCCUUCACAUCAAAUACUUCCAUCAUGAAUGUGAGCCUGUGAUACGCCCGCUGUUCUAUGACCACCAAGACGACCCCAAUACCCACACCCAGUCGUUUGAAUUUAUGGUUGGAUCAAAUCUCUUGAUUGCACCUGUGACCCAACCAGACCAGAUCAGUCGCACUGUCUAUUUACCUGCUAAUACUAGCUGGUACCACUACCAGACCAACACUUAUUAUGAUGUACCUAAAGAAGGUCUCACUGUAACCGUUCCUUCCCUUAUCGAGGACACGUCAUCUCCUCUUUUUGUUAAAGCAGGAACAAUCCUGUGCUUUGGCAAGGUGAUGUCAAGUGUAUUUGCAGAUGUGGAUGAUGAGCGUCGAAUCCAGGUGUUUCCACACCCUACUGACACUACCCGCACUGAGUUUCAUUUGUUUGAGGAUGAUGGAAAGACGAUCUAUUACGAAAAUGGCGCCUACGCAGAUGUUGUCAUAUGGAUGGAGCCAAGUGCAACAGAAAUUAGGGUUGGCAUUGAGGUGCUUGAGGACGGAUAUUUCCCUAACUAUGAUACUUUGUGGGUCACGUGUCCCUUGCAAGAUGAGACACGCCCCUUAGUAUUUGACGGUGAAGAUGAUUUAGGACGCAGUAUGGGGUUGGUGGAUCAGCAGGAUACCAAUGUAUAUGAGGGCUUCCGUAUCUCAUGGAAACGUACUCAAGAGGAAUAGUAGAGACAACAAUAAAGAAGUAUAUAUAUAUAU